UAACCAUGCAUGCAGAGGAAGCAACCAGAGCAAGGUCUCCUGGGGCAGGUCCGGGGGUGCUGGAGGAGCUGCUGACCUAUGAUGACCUUUUCCUGGAGUAUUUCAAUGCCUUCCUGGCUCUGCCUGCCUUUCCUUUGAGACUGCGCUACGACCGUCUCAGGGGGCAGCUGCAGAAGCUGGACGGCUUCCUCCCAGAAUCUCCCAGCCAGGUGGGGAUGAAGCCAAGCUCUCCUCACUAUGGAGCCACUGACGCAGAGAGGGAAAGAAUCCUGGGCUGGCUGAGGAGGGAGCGCUUACCCCCUUUUCAGAGGACGGCCCUUUACCUGGAGUACAAGCUGGCAAAGCUGCUGAUUCGUCCCCUGGAUGAAGGCUACCCAGUGAGCCGGCAUGAGAUUCGUGGGUACAGCCGUCAGUCUGACAGUGCCGCCAUCUCCAGCAUCCCCAGUCACCCAUCAACGGCUGGGCUGCCCACCAGGGUCCCCAGCCUCGGGCUGUGGAGGCCUCCUAGUCAGACCCACAGCACCCCAGCCCACCUAGGCUGCUUCUCCAGCGUCCCUGACCAGCUACCCUGGGGGAGCUCUGUGGAGUUCCCAGCUGCCGUGAGUCUGGGGAAAUCUCCCUUUGCAGAGGGGCUGAGCAGGCUGCCGCUCCGAAGCCUCCUGCCCGACUCCAGCACGGGAGUGGCCAACGAAGGCUACGUGGAUAGCUGGAGCAAUGCUGGUGGGUCCGAGAGAUUCCUUGCUGGCCUGACCAGAGCCACCUCUAGCUCUUCACCCACGGCAGGGCACAUCGAGUACCACUUGGGCAGGCGCCAAGGGGAGCCGGCCUCAGGCGCCAGGAAGGUGCUGCAGUUUGACCUGGACGACUCAAGUGCCUCUGAGGGAGGGGAGGGAUCCUGGCUGCUCCCUGGCUUUGGCUGUUCCGCUCUGCAGCAGCUGAAGGAGGACGUGCUGGGGACGAGGGCUGGCAUGGAUGGCUUCAAGGAGUUUCUCCAUGGUACCCUGGGGAUCCACCUCCUUCACUUCUGGAUGGACUGUGAGGAUGUCAUGGAGCGCACCAAGUGCUUAGAGGCCAGUGCUGCCCAGCAGGAAGCUCAGAGCCUCUGUGUCAGCCUCUGCCGGAACAUUCAAGACAAGUACAAGCUGAGCCUGUUUCUGGCCUCCCAGGAGCCGACGUGCGAGGCUCAGGACGGCGUCGAGGCAACUUUCACUGCCUUCAGCAGGAGCCAGUACGAUGCUCUGAGACGCCUGCGUGCCUACUGGGUUCCCAGGUUUCUCCUCCACCACCAGAGAACCAGACACCUCAGGACUGUCCCCACCUCAGGCUCCCAGACCAAGCCUAGGCCUCCCGUGAACACUGACUUCCUGCCUUCACCCAAGGUGUUUGCGUCGCUUCCUGUUGUGGGUGAUGGCUGCAUGAGCCACAUGAAUAGAAGCGCAGACUGGUUCAGCGUACGGCCUGAGGCAGCUCUCUGUCACCUUUGGAGAGUCAGCAGUGAGGGUCAGAAUGAAUAUAGCACUGAAAACCUCUUCUUGCUGUCCAGCCGCUGCAGCUUCCGCACGCUGGUGCAAGCUGGCGAGGCAGGAUUGCGUCCGCUCGGCAGCCAGACCUCCCAUGGAAUCUCCCUGACACACCGCUGA